AUGUCGUCGCUUCUGUCAGUCAAGGGAUUGACACUGAGAAGGGGUGAUGGGUCAGGCUCGGCCAUCAUCAAUGAUCUAUCGCUCGACGUGAAGGAAGGGGAAGUCAUCGUUGUCCGGGGUGCCAGUGGUUCUGGCAAGACGACGCUACUGAAGUGUAUACCAUCCUACCGCACGCGAGUGCAGUACGUCCCCCAGCGCCCCUCGCUACUGCCCGGCACACCACUCGAGCUCGUCUCCCUCCUGCAAUCCUUCUCAGCCCGGAGGUCCACCUCGAAGGGCACGUUGGAAGAUGCUAUGCGGAUAGCAGGGGACUGGGGCGUGGAAAAGACGUUAUGGAUGCGGCCGUGGGCUACAUUGAGUGGGGGAGAGGGACAGAGAGUUGCGCUGGCUAUCGCAUUAGCAGCCGGCGGGGCGGAGGUGCUUCUCUUAGAUGAACCUACAUCUGCGCUGGAUGAGCCUACUACCAUCAAGGUGGAAAAGACGCUGCUGGCUAUGCUGAGAGUGAGUCUGAGCUCACAACGUAGCUAA